AUGCUUGGCCUUUUACCAGCGUGUCUUGCGGUCAUCGUGUACGUUGGCUUUGGGCAGUGUAGUUCUGAUUUCAUCACACCCGAGCUAUCAAGCGCACCAUGGUCCGACAAUCAAGUGCACGGAGUUGAUGACGAGUUCGAAAUAAAAUGGAAGACAGAUUAUGAAGGCUGUAAUCUCUUCCUAUGGCAGGACUAUCCAAAAUUGGCUGUUGAAUUGUUCAGCAAAUUGCUAGAAAACACGACUGAUACUUCAUACUUUUGGAACGCAAGUUCGAGUGGUUUCUCUCAAGAGUCAGAAGACACUGUCUUUCAUUUUGCGCUUUACUCUUCAGACAAGGAUAUCCCCCUCGCAAAUUCUGGUGCAUUUAAUAUCUCGGGAACAAAUUCAGAAAAGCUCAAAGCAACUUCUGCAUCGAAUUCAACACCAUCUUCGACAGUGCCUCAAGUAUCAGAAACCUCGACGAGUUCCUCGGAGACAACACACCACUCAGUAACAAAAUCAGAAAAUGGCCCAGGAUUAUCGACGGCCGCAUUGGUCGGAAUUUCAGUCAGUGUCACAGUAGCGGGGCUUUUGAUAUCUGGGGGCAUAGGUUUAUGUCUAUGGAGACGCUUCGCGCGUAGACGAGCGACAGAGCGAGUGGAUAGCAUCGAAAAGUCCGAUUUUUCAAAGGCCGAACUGGGUAAUACGCAAAUAUUGCAGAUAGGAAGUUCAGAGCUUGAUAGCACGAGAGAUGCAGCUGAACUUUGGGAUACGCAAAAGCCAGGAGAACUUGGUGAUGAGAAUAAGAUACGGACGAUAUACGGACUUCAUGAGGCGCCGUAG